UCUUAUCUCUGAUUUUUAUGUCUGUCAAUAAAAUGUCAUCAAUGGAAAUUGUAUAGUGAAUAUUUUGUUAAUGCUUAUUAUUCGCAGAGAUAAUUCUCUGCUUCUUGAAUAAAAAUGGCUAGCAAAAUACUUGCGAUUAGAAAUGUAGUUAAUAAGCCUUUGAGUUUUUUUGUAAACAAAAUACCACAAUAUCAAACUACUGGAUAUAACCUUAAAAACAUCAGUACUACGACGAUUGCUUGCCUUAACUUCUUCAAUAAAUUACCGGCCGAGAAAUUAUGGAAAUCAGUGACAUCUGUAAGUAAUGCUGGAGCUAAAAAAGGUCGUGGUAAAGGAGCUGGACGGAUUCGUAUUCGAGAUUUAAAUCGUGGACAGAUAAUUGGUACUGGUAAAAUUAACAUGCUGUGGCCAGGCUUGUCUGCUCCCGUCAUAAGGGGCAGAGAAUUGCUUAAACAACAACGUUUACCAGAUGAUCCAGAAAGAAUGGAGAAGCUUAUUAAGCUGCGAGAUUCAAUGACAAGAUUCAGACGAUUGAGAUUAAGCCCUAUUGAGCGUGGUUGGUCUGGUUCACGUAUGCCAGGUCGGAGCAUCGGAGCUCCAGACCCAGUUGGAGAUGAAGAGUUCACUGGAUUUGAUACAAAAGUUCUGCAACUCAGACCUCUCCUGAUUAUGAAAGGAAGUUUAGGCCGCACAAGAAACUACCAAGCUAUGGUUGUAACUGGAAAUGGUCAAGGUCUAGCUGGAUUUGGUAUAGGAAAGGCAAAAGAAGCACCUGCUGCAUUAAGAAAAGCCAAAAACAGGGCUGGAAAGAAAUUGAUGAAUUUUGAUAUUUAUAAUGGUCACACAGUUUUCCAUGAUUUCUUCACAGCAUUUGGUAAAACUAAAAUAUAUGUGCAAAAGAAGAAUGAAGGACAUGGCUUAAAGUGUCACAGAGCCAUAAGAGAGAUUUGCCAAGCUAUUGGUAUUAAGGAUCUCAGGGCUAAGCUAGAGGGCUCCAAUAAUUUACAACAUAUUGUUAAGGCUUUUUUUGUUGGACUUUUACAACAGAGAACUCACCAACAGCUUGCCGAAGAAAAGAAACUUCAUUUAGUUGAGUUUAGGGCUGAAAAUGAACAUUAUCCUAUUGUUGUCGCCAGCCCCUCAGUAGUUAGAACCAAAGAAGAAAUACCUAAAGAUGAGACUUUAGAUUUCAAUCAGUAUAUCAUGAAUGACCGAGUGAUCUUCAGGCGAAAGAAGUUCCCACGAUUCUACGAAACAAUGCCACACUAUGAAAUAUUUCUUAAAAAAUAUGAAAAGUUCAGAAAUCAUGAAAAAAUUCGUUUGAAUCUUAAAGUUGAAUAUGGAGAAAUAAAAAGUUUUCUGACUGAUAAGUAUCCUGAACCGAAGGAAGAGAAGGAGACAUAGGUUAAAUUAAAAUAUUAGUCUAGAUGUAGUCAUAAAUGUACAAUAUUUAAAUAAAAUUAUGAAACAUUUU